UUCAAAGCCCACGCACGCAUCAAAUUAGUAGUCAAACCAGUGCAGCUCACUGAACUUCUACACUCUCCGUGUGGUAGUUUCUUCACAAAAUUCAGCAUCAUCAUCAUUCUUCAAUUCAAUUUCUGCAUUCUAUUUCUUCAACAAUAAUAAAAUAUUAACUGAAAAUGGCGUUUAAGCUCACCUCCGGCGAUAUUUCCGGAUUCAAAUUGCUCACAUGUUUAGCGUUGAUGUACGGUGUAAUGUCGGCGAUUGUUUACUGUACUAUUCACAUGAAAUUUAUCAAACCGCUCGGUAUUGACGCUUCUGUCGAUCGAUUCUCCGAGGCUAGAGCUGUCGAACACGUUCGUGUUUUAGCAGAAGACGGUCGCCAGGAAGGGCGACAAGGAUUAAAAGACGCUGCUGUUUAUAUUAAAACACAGUUGGAAUUGAUUAAGGAUAGAGCUGGAUCGGAAUUCAGAAUUGAGAUUGAAGAGCAGGCUGUUCAUGGUUCAUUUAAUAUGAUAUUUUUAGGAUACAGUAUAUCUUUGGCGUAUAGAAAUCAUACUAAUAUAGUUAUGAGGAUAUCAUCUGUAGAUUCAAAAGAUACUGAUCCAUCGGUUUUAAUUAAUGGACAUUUUGAUAGUCCACUUGGUUCACCGGGAGCUGGUGAUUGUGCUUCAUGUGUUGCCUCAUUGCUGGAACUAGCAAGAGUUACCGUAGACUCCGGUUGGGUCCCCCCUCGGCCCCUCAUUUUUCUCUUUAAUGGUGCAGAAGAAUUAUUUAUGUUGGGUGCACAUGGCUUCAUGAAGACAUAUAAAUGGCGUGAUUCAAUAGGAGCUGCCAUCAAUGUAGAAGCAUCUGGGACUGGAGGUCCUGAUUUGGUAUGCCAAUCUGGGCCCAGUGCUUGGCCCUCUCUAGUUUAUGCUCAAUCUUCAAUUUAUCCAAUGGCACAUAGUGCUGCUCAGGAUGUUUUCCCCGUUAUUCCUGGAGACACGGAUUACAGAAUGUUUGCCCAAGAUUUUGGGAACAUUCCUGGCCUGGAUAUUAUCUUUCUUCUUCGUGGUUAUUACUACCAUACCUCUUAUGAUACAUUGGACAAAUUAUUACCUGGAAGCAUGCAAGCACGUGGAGACAAUCUACUAAGUAUACUUAAAGCCUUUACAAAUUCUUCUAAACUGCAAACUGCACAGGAAAGAGAAACUCUUGGAGCUGCUUCCAUUGACUACAAGGAUGAACGGGCUAUUUUCUUUGAUUACUUACAAUGGUUCAUGAUAUUCUAUUCAAGAAGGGUAGCUUUGGUACUUCAUAGCAUUCCUGUAGCAAUCUUUCUUGUUAUGCCAUUCUUUUUGCGUUUUCUGGAUUCAGGAUUAAAUUCUGCACUUGCCACCUUCUAUGAUUUUGUGAAAGGAAUACUGUUACAUGCUGCUGGGAUUCUGCUGGCAAUUGCUUUGCCAGUUAUAUUUUCAGUUGUGAGAUUGUUCUUCUCCAGUCAUUCAAUGAACUGGUUUGCUAAUCCAUAUUUGGCUUUCGUGAUGUUCAUUCCCUGCUCACUUAUUGGCUUGUUAGUUCCAAACACUCUUUGUAUUUGCUUUCCUCUCUCCCAAGAUGUUUCACUUCUCAAAAAAUCAAAGGAGGCAUUAUCUGAUGAGGCUUGGUUUUGGGGAGCAUUUGGAUUUUAUGCAUGCUCAACUUUGGCUUAUCUUGUAGCUGGGCUAAAUGGAGGAUUCCUGACCUUUUUGGUGUCGGCUUCUAUGCUUCCUGCAUGGAUCUGCUUUAACCUUUGUGUGAAAUCUUAUGGUCGUCUAUCAUUCAGGUCUGCAAUUAUCUACAUUAUACCUAUGAUUCCAUGUCUCUUGUAUUCGGCGUAUUUUGGUGGAUUUCUUGCCCAGUUUUUGAUUGAGAAGAUGGGUAUGAUGGGUUCUGUUCCUCCACCAUAUGGAUAUUAUGUUACUGACAUGAUAGUGGCAGCAAUAAUCGGGGCUGUAACCGGUUGGUGCGUGGGCCCUCUAGUACCGAUUUGCAGCCAUUGGUUGGCCAGGUCCUCUAUCAUGCAGUUCUUGCUGCAUAUUAGCGUGCUUGCAUUAGCGCUCUCAUCACAGUUUUUUCCUUACAGCAACACUGCGCCUAAGAGGACUCUUUUACAGCAUACAUUUGUUACUGCAGAUGCAAACAAGGUCUUGGACUGCAGUUAUGAUUUCUCUGUUGUGGAUUCCAAUUCUUUACUUUUUCUUUUUAAAUAUGCACCUGAUGUAGCAGAGGAUUUGCAUAUUAGUUCAAAUUUUUCUUCUGAAACUGCAACAUUAUCUCACCCAGGGACUUGGCUGGCACUGUUUCCAGUAUCUCUUUUGCUAUCAAAUAGGUUGAAGUUCCCCGCAAGGAGCAAUGAUAUUUUGACGCAUUAUAGAUCUUUUCCCUACUUGUCUAAUUACAAACCUCAUACUAUCUCAAACGAUGGAUCUCGGAGAAUUUACUUGGAACUUUCCUUAGGAGACUUAGAAGAGGUUUGGGUUGCUGUCCUUAACAUUACUGGCCCCUUGUCGAGUUGGUCGCUUGCAGACAAUAAACUUCCAGCUCCUGAAGUGGUUGAUGGUGGUCCACCAUCAUAUAUCUGUAGACUUAGCGGACCCAGUGAUGCUAACUGGACAUUCUGGUUAGAGGCAAGCAAUUCUAACAAUAUAAGGGUGGAAGUUGCUGUGCUAGACCAAGUUUUGUCGGAUGGAACUAAAAAUUUGAAGGGACAUUUCCCUGACUGGGUUGAUGUCACUGCAUAUUCUAGUUUUUUGUCCAGUUAUAGCUUUUAAUCUUUAUUAUAUCUAUUAAAACAUUCACUGCUGUGACAAUGAUUUAAAUUCUAAGAUAAUCAAUAAAGGGCGGCUUUAUUUCCGGAGCAAAAAGAGCAAAAAUUGUUGGGAACAGUGCUGGAAAUAAUUCAAUAUUGUAUCAUUAUAUAUUUUAUUAGUUUCAUUUUAUUAGUUUUA